GUUUAACAUUUUUCCAAUCAGUAAAAGCACGUUAGAUUAACAACAGCAUUUUCCCACUUUCUAGUGUGUAGCUUCUGCAUAAUUUCUGGCAAGUGACAAUGGAUUUAGUUUCACUGAGAGGGGCGGUUAGAUGUGAUGAUGGCAUGUCAUUGAUGUUAUUUUGUCAUCUGUAAAAGGUGGCAAUUGUAAACACAUAGCCUAAACUGAUUCAGAGAGGUAGAACACUGGCAGGUCAGCGGCCGUAUGAAAGGAAUGUGGAUGAAGAGCAAUCGACAGCACAGCGCCUGAAGAGCUCCCAGCGCGGCGCGACAGCGAAAGUGAGAUCAAGCGGGAUGCAGUUGCAACCUGAAGCUUAGUCAGUGUAGAUUGGAGUUGGCAUUUGCUGUUGUUAUCUCGGUAGCAUCAAACCUGACCUUUUCUCCACUGGCGUGCAUCUUUGAAGUAUGUGCUCUCCACAGGUUUUCUGUCUCCCAAAGGACGAUAUGGUUAUCCACCUGGUAAAGAAAGCAACACUUUUCUCCUAAACAAAUUCAACUCUACUCUUCAACUACUCUUUUCGGACUGCUCUUGUGUUUUGGAUUGCCUUAAAUUUCUCGAGUGUUUCAAGGUGACAGAGGCUCCAGGCCCCAGGGGAGGGAGAGGCUGGCCUGGCUGUAGGCUGGCAGCAUGAAGCACCUAGCCAUCUCCAAGUGGCUCAGUCAGCUGGGUCUGCCGCAGUACUGCACUCUGUUUGACGACGACUAUGAUGGGGUGGAGGACCUGUUGCACCUGAAUGAGCUGGAUCUGCUGGAGCUGGGGGUCCGUAACCACCUCCACCGCAUCCACCUCCUCACGAGCAUCCAGAUACUGCAGGAGAGCGAGAGGAGGAGAGAGCUGAGGAUGAUGGCGGAGGGGAGGUUUGCCAGUCUGCCCAGGAAUAUGCACAUGGGCGUGGGCAGCAGGCAGUGUCCCCUGGCCUCCUCCAUGGACCUGCUGACCUCCAGGCCUGUAGUACCAGAGCUGCCCCCAGCCGGAUACCACAGUGUCUCCAUCCACGGCACUCUGCCUAGGAGGAAGAAAGGGUCCCCAGCCCCGGUCCAGGGCCCUGCCCGCUCCUGGGACAUGUACAGCCACAUGGGCACCCUUCCCCACCCGGCCCGCACCCACCUGCCCUCCUCGCCGCUCAUUCACAACAUCAUAGAGGAACACCAGCCUUACCAUACAGGGAGGGAAGGCCACUCUGCAUACAGGGACCUCAGCAGCAGCAUGGAUCCCACCAUGGAGUACGUCAAGUUCUCCAGGGACAAGUACAUCAUGGAGGGUCCACCGGAGAAACUACGCAAGGAGCUGGAAGACGAGCUGAAGCUGGGCAGUGAGGAACCACGGAGCCACGCCUGGUACCAUGGUGCCAUCCCCAGACAGGUGGCAGAGAACCUGAUCCAGAGAGACGGGGACUUCCUGAUCCGGGACUCUCUGUCCAGCCCUGGGAACUACGUCCUGACCUGCCAGUGGAAGAACAGCCCGCAACACUUCAAAAUCAACAAGAAGGUGGUGGCCAUGAACGAGGCCUACUCCCGGGUGCAGUACCUGUUCGAGAAGGAGGGCUUCGACAGCGUGCCUGCCCUGGUGCGUUACUACGUUGGCAACAGGAAGCCAGUGACGGAGGCGGUGGGGGCCAUCAUCUUCCAGCCCAUCAAUAGGGCCUUGCCCCUACGCUGUCUAGAGGAGAAGUAUGGGGUGGCCUGUGUCCGUGUGGAGGCUGGCCUGACCCUGCCCGAGAGGAAGAGCCAGACAUCUAAACGCCUGAGCCUCAACAUCAUGAACGGACACACCCAGGACCACAGCCUCGGACGGGGGAACCUGCUUAGGAACAAAGACAAGUGUGGAAGCCAGCCGGCGUGUCUGAACCACGUUCAGGAGAGACGACGGCCCCUCAAAACCCACCAGUCAGAGAGCUUCCUCCCGCUAGGCUCCAGGGCCCAGCCCCAGCUCAUGGAGCACCAGCCAAGCCCCAAGUCUCCAGUAUUCAGGACGGGUAGUGAGCCGGCACUCAGCCCCACCGUGCCAAGGAGGAUGGCCUUUGAGACCCAGGCCGGGGAGGCCAUACGGGGCUCAGACAGCCAGCUCUGCCCCAAGCCGCCCCCUAAGCCCAGCAAGGUGCCCUCCAUCAGGAUCCCCCACUCCCCACGUCAGCAGCCCCUGGCUGCCCCAGCCCCGGGUCCCCCUGUACCCCCACUGAAACCCAAGAAGCAGCAUGUGAUCCAGGCUCUCCAGCCUCCGCAGCCCCCCAGCCCAGAAGUGAAUUACUGUGAACUCAGCCCCUGCAGCCCAGCAGAGUUGGACAGGCUCCAGGCCCCAGCUCCAGGGCCCCAGCCCAACAACAACAGCUACGUAGAGAGGCUGAGGACAGAGGAGAGCCAGAGGAGCAGCUACGGCUCCAAAUUGGACCGCAGCUCCUACCACCACGCCAUCGAAGCCCUGGAGAAUGGCAGCGAAGAGGAGGUGGAAGGAGGAGGAAAAGGAGGGAUGGAAGAGAUAGAGGAGACUGUGGAGAAGGAGUUCCGGCGGCCGGUGUUGGAGACUGCGUCUGCGUUCCGGCCGGGGGAGUUUGAGUCGAGGCUGCUGCCUGCAGAGAACAAACCCCUCGAGAUGAGUGUACUGAAGAGAGCCAAAGAGCUGCUGGUCCAUAAAGACCAUCACAUCAUCGCCAAGCACAUCCUCAUGGCAGAUUGCCAGGUUGCUAGGGUACAUGGCAUCUCUGAGGAGGCGAAAGGUCAAAUGGGUGUGUCAUCUGGUCUGGAGCUGGUGACCUUACCCCACGGCAGGCAGCUGCGGCAAGACCUGAUGGAAAGGCACCACACCAUGGCCAUCGGGGUUGCUGUGGACAUCCUGGGCUGCACAGGAAGUCUGGAGGAGCGGAGCGCCACUCUGAACCGUAUCAUCAUGGUGGCUCUAGAACUGAAGGACUCCAUGGGGGACCUAUACGCCUUCUCCUCCAUCAUGAAAGCACUGGACAUGCCUCAGAUCACACGGUUAGACCACACCUGGACCAUGCUGAGGAGGAAGUACACUCAGACUGCCAUCAUAUACGAGAAGUCUCUCAAGCCAUUUUACAAGGGACUGUAUGAAGGAACAGUGGACAUGCCCCUGACUGGCACCACAGUGCCUCUACUGAUGCCCCUGCUGAUGCUGAUGGAGCGCCCGGCGGUGGCGUUCGAGGGCAUGGAGCUGUGGGAGAGCAACGACCAGGGCUGUGAAAUCCUGCUACGCCACCUGGAGGAGGCUCGCAGCGUGGCACACAAUGCUGACUCAUACACCGCCAACACUGAACGAGUCCUGCAAGAUUUCCAGGCUGACGAGGAUCUGUUGGAGAUCUGUAAAACAGACUUCCAGCUGCGUCUGCUGUGGGGCAGCAGAGGGGCGGCCGUCAACCAGACGGAGAGAUACGACAAGUUCACACUCAUCCUGACUGCUCUGUCCAGGAAGCUAGAGCCAGCGGUCAAACACACAGAACUCUGAACAGGACAGUCAGGCUGGUUAAGAGAAAGGAUGAGGAAGACUGUUACAGAGUGAGACCGCUGUCCUUUCCCAACCUGUCCACUGGAGGGAGUGUGAGUCAGAUCCAUCUGGAACUCAUCCUUGGCAGGACACCAAUCUGAGUGUGCUGAUAUGAAGGGGGAAAAUGUCCCUCCUCGACGCAGGAGGGGGGGGUUGCCUCAUCCCAGAUCGGUUUGUGCUCUUGCCUACUAUUUGGAGGCGGCAGGUAGCCUAGUGGUUAGAGCGUUGGGCCAGUAACCAACCGAAAGGUUGCUGGAUCGAAUCCCCGAGCUGACAAAGUCUGUCAUUCUGCCCCUAAACAAGGCAGUUAACCCAUUGUUCCCCGGUAGGCCGCCAUUGUAAAUAAGAAUUUGUUCUAACUGUCUUGCCUAGUUAAAUAAAUGUAAACAUAUUUUAUUUUAAAUACUUGGUUGCCGUCAUUGUCAAGACAAUGGCAUGACAAUGAGUUAGCACAAACAGACUGUCACCCAGGCUAGGAGGGGGGCAUUUACACAAUAUAUGGUAGUGUAGCCCCUUGACACUGGUCCUUAGUCAUCCUACUGUAUGUUACAGACUGGAACACACACUGACCACAGAGGACCCAAGAAGUGUGUCUGAAAGUGUUUGUCAGAUGGAAAUGUAUGUAUGAAUCUGUCACUAAAGUAGUGAUUGUACACCCUUGUUAUAACGGUACAAUGACUUUGAAAGGAAAACAUAAAAUGACGAGACGGAAGAAGUGGAAGGAGGAAAACGAUUGGUCGCUAUACUAUAGAGGCAGUUUAACUGUAUAUUGUCUUCAAUACUAUAUACUGUAUGUACAUUAACUAGAUCUUCGGCUGUGUGUUCCAUGUUCAUUGUUCCUCAGAUGGUAUAUUAUGAGUUCAUCUGGAUAAUCCUGAAUGGUGUACAUAAUACAUAAUCAUGUGAAUGCUAGACUGUAAUAUAUUCCCCUCUUAAAUAUUGACUUGUAAAUAGAGUUGCGUAUAAUUGUAAUAUCUUUAUAUGAAUUGUGGCAAGAAAUGAAUAAAUAGAUGAAGAAAUGA